AGCCGGGCGCGGGUAGUUCCGGGUGUAGAAAGAUGGCGGCGGUGUGAGAUCUCGGACUGGCUGUGUAGAGAGACGGGGAGAGCCCCCGGGGAGUGAAACAUGUCCAGGAUGCCGCAUCUUCCGCUGACGAUGCCCCCGGAGCGCCCCAGCGGGCCCCUCUUCACUCUGAGGUUCACCACGUUUGCCGUGGGCACCGUCUGCCUUCCGCUCCUCGGCUUCCUGUUCUGCGUUGUCUGGUCGAUCCUGUUCAACUUCACCGAGACCACAGCGACGCACUGCGGGGUUCCCAACUACCUGCCCUCCAUAAGUGCAGCGAUUGGGGGCGUCACCCCACAGCGGUACGUCUGGAGGUUCUGCAUUGGGCUGCACUCGGCACCCCGCCUUCUGGUCGCUGUGGCUUACCGAAACUUUUAUGUGGGCACCGGAGUGUCCUCUUUGACCAGCCACCUCAACUUCCUGCUCAACGUGGUGGAGAUCCUUUGCCUUCUCCUGCUAACCUACGUAUCGUCCAAUGAGAACCAAGGGAUCCAUCAGUUGGCGUUUGCACUCUUCAUGAUCUUUUCUCUCGGUCACAUGAUCACAACGCUUUGUAUAUGGAGGAAGAGCAGGAAACUUUCUGUAAGUUCUGAGGAGCGGCGGUCCUACACCUACAAGAAACAUCUCUUCUUCUUCAACUCUCUGGCGUUCCUGAUCUCCAUGGUGUUUUAUAUCCGCCACAACAUGUCCUGUGAGGCCGGAGUGUACACCAUCUUUGCCUUCCUGGAGUACCUGGUUGUCUUGUCCAAUAUGGGUUUCCACAUGACGGCCUGGUGGGACUUUGGCAGCAAAGAGCUUGCGAUCUGCUCGCCGGAGGAAGGCAAGCGAAUCUGAGAGGGGCGCAUGGUGCUGGUCAAACAUUCCACCCCCCACCGUCACCGGAGGCCUCGCACUCAAUCGGGGCCUCUGAAUAAACAGCAGAAGCGUCAGGUGCUGGACGUUGGACGUGAAGAUCCAUGAGAAGGUCCCGCCACCCCCGGGACCCUCCUAUCCUCUCGCACGUCGUGUUCAAUUUGGCUUUUCUUGCAGUGAGCAGCUCCGGAGCUCCAGAGUGUCUGACGAGGGUCGGGGGUUUGUGAUUGGUCUAUUCUGAGAACAGCUGUGUGCGGUGGGAGGAGAUUUCCGUUUUCCGGUGAUUGGACAUUUGGAGUUUUUUUUAUAUAUCAAGUUUGAGAAAGAGAAAAAAAUAAAUGGGUAAAUUUCUUGUUGAGGAAAUAGAAGAUGGAGGACGUCACUGACGCAUUUCUCCCCCGGCGCUCUCAUCACUUGGUCUCUAUUGGGAAGAAACGCGUCAGGUGCAGGACAGGCUCUUCACGGUGACGUAGUCAGGCUUUGUGAGUUUGUACUACUUACAAUAAAGCUUGUCAGAUAUAAAAGAAAAAAAAAACGGUGGAAGUGGCGCCUUGUCUGUACACGACUCGACGCGCUGCGGCUCGCGGUGGCAGCAAAGAGCUUCUUAUCUCCCCAUUGGAGGAAGACCAGCGAAUAUUCGGUUAUUUGCCGUUUCCGGUGAUUGUACAUUUGACGUUUUUUAAAUAUGGUUUGAGAAGGAAAACGGACUACUAGACCCUCGCCUACGCCCGACGCAUUUCUCCCCAAUCACUGUGACCCGCGGUUUGCUGCUCAGGCUCAAACACUGUGAGGAGUAAUGUGGGUGAUGCCGCAACCAUUGUAGGAGUGGCAGCAAGGGAUGGAGCUCCUCCCUGGAAGUGAGAAAAGAUCCGGGGGGGCCUCACAUCCACGGGGAACUGUGACUAAAGCUUUGGGGAGGGGGGCGGAGCAAAACACAUUGGAGGCGUGACUUGGUGGGAGCCACAGGGUGUCACCCCUCCUAUUACCGCCAUUGGACUAAUUUCUUCCCAAUACUCAUCACUCCGCCCCCUAUCGGGAAGAAACGCGUCGGACGUAGGCGAUGACUUAACGGUGAGGGGGGGCAGACUGAACCCCCAAGUCCUAAUUUCUUGGUGAUGAGAUAAUUAUGUAAGAGAAACAUUUAAAAAUUUCCAUGUAAAUAUUUUAUAGAAAUAUAUUUUUUUGAAAAUUCAUUUUUUUUUUCUUCUACACGAUUGUGAGAUUUUAAA